AUGGCAAUCACCGGAAUCAAGUCACGCAAGCACCCGCGUAGCGUGGAUCUCACCAUCUUCACUACGGGAGAUCAGUCACAGAGACGACAAGUUGCGUGCGAGUUGGUCCAAUCCAUCCACGAAACCGGCUUCUGCAGGCUUCCUAAGCACAACAUCUCGAUAGAUACAUUGGAUCGUGUAUUUGGUCAGUGUGACAAAUUCUUCAAGCUUCCCGUAGCUGUUAAGUCCAAGAUUAAACACCCACCACAACAUAACCCGCACCGCAUACAACAGGGCUGGAGUGAAGUCGGCAGAGAGACUGUUUCCACCAUCACGGACCAUGAGAAAGGAGCUAUGCCGGUGACCGACAAGCCAGCUGUUCUCGACAUCAAGGAAGCGUUCGAUAUGGGCAAUCCCCAUGACCCUUUGUUCGAAAACAUGUGGCUGCCAGAAGAGGAUCUUCCGGGCUUCAAAGAUGACAUGGAGCGCUUCUAUGAUGAGUGCAGAAGAGAGCACCUGAUCUUGCUCGAGGCGCUUGAGCUCGGUUGUAGCGCCUUGCUUGGGUUCAACCCCGACUUUAGGCGAUUCUGCCAGGACAGCGUUUCCGAGUGCCGCAUCAACUACUAUCCGGCCACGAAAGCAUCCCUCUUGCGUCCGCCCGGGGGCCACUGCAACCGCAUCUCACCCCACUCCGACUUCGGCACGUUGACCCUGCUGUUCCAGGAUGGCGUUGGGGGCUUGGAGAUUGAGGACCAGAGUGAUCUGGGACAAUUCUUCCCCGUCACUUGCGAUUCCCCCCACGAGCUGCUUGUCAACGCCGGCGAUGUCCUGCAGCGCUGGUCCAACAACUAUUUCCGCUCCGUCAACCACCUCGUUACCCUACCGCCGGCCCUGAAGAAGGAUGACGGUGAAGGCGACCGAGACGAGUUCGUUCCGGAGCGCACGUCCGUCGCCUUCUUUGCAAAGGCUGACCGCGAAGCCAAGGUUGGGUCACUGCCCGGAUUCGAAAACGGCGAGCAUAGGUACGAGCAGAUGACGUCGCUGCAGUACAACCAGAUGAAGCUGAAGCUCACCUACGGGUUUGAAAGUCCAGCCCAGGUGUGA